AUGUCGGCGGCGGUGGGCCUGCAGCAGCAGCAGCAGCAGCCGCCGCAGCCGCCGCCUCCGCAACCGCCGCCGCCGCUGCACCACCAUCACCACCACCACCUGCACCACCACCACCAGCACCCGCACCAGCACCACCACCCGCCGGCCGUGCCCGUGGCCGUGCCCGUGGCGCGCGCGCCGGGCGUGCCGCCCCCGACGCCGCCUCCGCCACCGCCGCCCCCGGGCCUGGCGCUGCCGCCGCUGCCCCCGGGCCCGCCUCCGGCGCUGCACCCACCGCCUCCCGAUAUGGCGCCCGUCGCCGUGCCGCCACCCGGACCGGACGUCCUGCUCGCGCUUCUGGCCCGAAACAAGGCGCUAGAAGGUACCGUGCUGCCCUGCUCGCCCGUCGAAGCUCUCUCUUCCUGUCUUCUUGUUCAGCUCUUCGACCCGACUCUACUCUGCUACAUAGGGAUGGUCCCUCAAUAG